CUGCACCACUGAAGGAUAAUAUUAUCAAUUCCGAAAGAUAAGAUUUUAAUUGGAGAUUGUUCCUCAUAUCUUUUUUCCGUUUGUGAAAGUCGUCUUGUGUUUUUAUAUCUCUUUUAAAAUUUAAAUUAAAUCAGUCACAUGAAACAGUAAAUAAUCCAUGUUUUUACGCAACAUUGUUGCUUACGUGUCGAUGACUAUGGUAAUGUAUAGGAAGGUUCUGCUUAGAUUCUGACUGACAGCUUGAAGUUGAUCGUUAAAGUCCGUGUUAAAAAAUCAUCUUUCACCCGGUGUCGUUCUUCAGUCCUUUUUCUCUAAGCUCUGCUGGUUCGACCUUUCGUGUUGUCCUGUGCAUAUGUACCCACACACACAUACAUUUGCCUCUCUCACUUACCGGCCCUUAACCGGUAUCCCGUUUUUUGCCCUUCAUGCUUCGCCCUUCUUCCACACUUCCCUAUCCCCCUUGCUGGGGUCAUCUAUCUUAGCGGGGGGUUGUGUUGCUCGUAAAAUGAAAAGAAACGAGUGUAAUAAUAAAAUCUGAUUCCUUAACACUUGAAAAGAACGUUUGCCAAGAACCUUUUUUUUCGCCUUUAACGGGCAUGGAUUGGGAUGGCGAGAAGAAUCGGUACACCCGGUACACGAUCGGACCACAAAAGGCAAGACGAAGAAAAAUGGACGAACAGAACAACAAAAGCGAACUCGCGGAGCAAGGAAGCGAGAAGAUGAGGUACAAUCGAAGCAAAGAAUUGAAGCGAGAGAAAAGCGAGAAAAAAGGCCAGACAAAAUAAAACGGCUAAGGGCAUAUAUGCGAGAAGUGAGAAGAAACUCAGAACAACACAAACGAACAGAGAAAAGAACAGUCAAACAGUCAAACGUCAAACCAUCGCCGAACGGGACAGCAAAGAAGUGCUAAAGGAAAAAAAAUAAUAACAGCAAAGCAACAAACAAUAGCAGCAAGCUGAAUAGAAACCAGGAAAACAGAUCCGUGAAAAGCAGCAUAGGGAACGCACAAUGCACGAGGAUGAAGCUUUUGUUGGUAAGAUGAUCGUUGCUUGAUCGUCCGUUUUUCCAUCGUUCCUUUUGCACCGGGUUGCGUUUCGAAUCAUUUUGUAUAGAAUAGUGGGUUGAAGGAAAAAAAAUGAUGAUGGUCCAGCAUUGAAAUGAGAUAAAUAUUACAGUCAAGAUUUUCGGGAUCUCGCCUCGCCCUUGCCGUACGGGAGAAUCCCUUCAGGUGUCUUCGUAAAUCGGAUGAUUUUUUUUUCUCCUCUUGUUCCCUCUUAGCAUCUGACAGUUUUUCUAUUGUGUUUUGAUCGUAUGUUUCGUAUUGUGUGUUGCGUUCCGGGCAGCAGUAAUGGCAGAGCAAUGUGCAGCGGUAACAGGUACCCGCGGAGGGAUGUCUUUCAAUCUUCACACUGCUGGUGGUGUCUUCCUGCUUCUCGAAGGAGCUGCCGGGGGUGUAAAAAAGACAAGCUCUGCUCAAGUGUUUUGAUAUUCGUUUUUCAAGUGAAAUUAAAAUUGAACGGGCAAGAUUUGUUUUUUUUUUGUUUUUGCUGUCUGUCCUUGGAAGAGGUACUGUAUGGCGCGGUAAAGGUAAGGAUAAAUCGUACAUUUAUGGUGCUUACCUGUUCGGUGUCCUGUUUGUUCCUAUUUAGCUUACAUUAAUGGGGUAAUUCCCCGUCUUGAGACGCACCUGUUGUUAAGGGUUCUAUUCCGAAGCUUCUUGCGAGAGGUAAUACAUUACGUUAUAAGCUUAUUGGUCCUAUUAUUUUGUCUAGGGUGAAAAUUUUAUUUCUCAGCUGUUGGAAUUGUGUCAGCGCAGCAACAUACAAAAACUGGAGCCUACAUUUCAAUUGCGCUGCAAAAUGUCGACCGUUUAUCGAGCGCUGGCUGGUAAAAUAAUCAAAUUCCUUUCGUUGACGACGACAGAUCUGAAUUUUCCCCGCCACAGUAUGACAACGCGAUGGCGCACAUACCGACGUUCUGUGUGUUGGAAUUUCGCUGCUUUUCCUUUCGUAAUUCCAAGCCAACGUCAGAAAUGGGAAGGAUGAAAAUGUGUGCAAAAUUAAGACCGAAUGUUUAAUGAAUUGCACUCGCCCAGGGCCAUAGCCCUUCUUCUCACAACCGUCCAACCAAAGGGGUGGAUGUUCAAAAUAUUCAAGUGUGCAAUUUCCUUCGCACGGCAUAACCAAAUCCUCACGGAAAGCGUUUUCCCAUUUCCCCCAUUUGAGUAGCGUUGUCAUGGCAGACAAAUAUAUCAGUAGAAAAUGAUCCCAGACUGGCGGUGUUCGUCUUGGGGAAUGUUAUGCCAAGGGAAAUACCUAGCAAAAGGGAGGAUCAACGCAAAGCCGCUCUCAGACGGAAAAGUGUGUGUGUGAAUGUUUUUUUUUGUUUUUAAAUGAAAAUCUGAAAUCAAAACAAAAACCUAUACAAACGAUAGACCUCACUGUUGGCACAUUUCGACAUAGCAAAAUCCUUGGAUCCAUCUGGCCGGGAUAUAAACGCAAAUAAUCGGAAAACGGUUGGGGGUUAUGGGGUUCGUGACAGUACGGAAAAAGCGGGGAAAAGGUUCGUCUGCGAUGUCGCAUCGGCGCACCUUUCUUUCGGCGAGGAAAGGAACUAUUUUUAAGCAUCUCGACACUCGGUCUGGUGUGGCAGAACCUUAAAGAUGAAGCUGACUAAAAGCCAAACCCCAAUGCUGACCGUCUAGCAACAAAGGGGGGGAUAUGCGUGUGUUUGUGCAUGUGUCGCAAGACGAAUCAUUAACGUCGAUCCGAAGCAGCGUAAUCUAUGUCGUCUGUCGGUAAUCUAUUUUUGCGAAAUACAUAACAAUAUUGUGUCUGCUCUCGUUGUGUCUGCCAUGUACUACUACCGGCCUGCGGUGGAAUGCGUUGUCCCAACCGACCAACAAAAUCGCUCUGUUUUGGUCAGUCUCGAGUUUUUUUUUCUGUGUGUUUUUCUUAUCGCGUUGAGAUCCUACGCAUCUGAAAGUGUCUAUUUUCGAAAACGACAAAAUCAUGACGGAAGUCACCUAUACGGGAAAAAGGGAGCAUUGCAUUGGGAAAGCCAACACCGUUCUUUUCCCUCGCUUAUUCCGGUCUCGUCUCAUCCACAGGGUGCUAUUACAACGUGAUCACCUAGAAACGGGAUAGCUUAUACGGUUAAUGUGUAAUGCCACACAGCGUUGUUAUGAUUAUUUUUCGAAUAAUUUACUACUAUACGAUUAAUAUAAUUGAUUUAUGAUAAGAUUAGAACGAUCGUAUAGCGCAUCUAAUAGAGGUGACAAUCAAGAAAACUGUAACACAAAUAACAUAUUCGUAGUAAGUUUUGAUAAAGCGAGGUUAAUGCUGACGUAAUUUCAAUGUCAAAUGGGUUGCUAUUUAUGUGUACUGGUGCUUAAUGAUUCCCACUUUCUUCCUUAAUUGAGUAAAGUAGAAGGAAGAAGUGUCUAUUAUGAAGGAAAGAACCACUGCAUCUUCAAGUUUACAAAAGGGACAGUGCUGCAAGCAACAUAACAAACAAUUGAUUUUGAUAGAUCGUGAUAAAUAUUUCAUACAUGCUUCCCUUCAUCGUUGAUUUCACAUUAUUUCUCACUUCCAAACCGGGGGAAUAACCCAAACUUAUUUAUCAUGUCAUUGUGCGGGGACAAAGGAAAUGAAACGAAAUACGAAGGGAACCAGAGAAUCCAAAUUCAACGUUUGACACCAAAAAAGCAAAGGAUGUGAGAAUAUGUGCAGAGGGUGUGAAACGCGAGACGGUUUAAAAAUUUAAAUUCUGUCUGGAUCUGGUCACAACUGUUUGGCAGGCGCUGGUGGUGGUGUGCGGUGGUUUGUCAAAACCCUGCCGGCGGGUUUUCCGGUGGGUUCAUUCCAAGAACGUAUCGUUUGCCUUUUACGAUCGUACUCACCACCGUUCCCCGGAUCCCAUCUUUAGAGCCGAUCAUCUGCAGGAGGGAUCUCUGUACGAAAAAAAUGGUAUCAAGUUCGCAUACGAAAGAAAAAGACACAUUUGGAGUGUAGCAUAAAAACGGAAAGAGAGGCCAGAUAAAUGUUUAUGUUUUAUCGUCUUGUAGGAAUCGAGAGAACGUAUUUGUACGGUUAUUAUUUAUCACAGGGAAGCUCAAGUGGUGACAAUACUGGAAACGAUUAUAAAUUUAAGCAAAAGAAUUAAAAUAAUUGCUUCUAUCCGCUUUGUUUAUAAUGUUUUAUGUUUUGGUUUGUUUAAUGUGAAAUUAAUUCAGGGAUUAAACGUACUGAACAAAAGGCAAAAGCAAAAGCAAAAAAUGUUUGAUUUGCAAACAAAUAUCAUUUUGAAUGUUUUAUCAAUUUUACUGAUUCCCUUUUUAGUAUAUUAAGAAGAUUAGAAGAGAUUAGAAUGGAAUAAAGUUUACCGACUGUCUUGAACUGAGAGCUUGAUCACCCCUGAUAUUUACCAUUUUUAUGCUAUUUUAUGCUCUCUGCUUCUAUCGCACGCGAUGCGAUAGAUAGACAGAGGGAGAGAGCGAGAAUAAAAUCUCAGUGCAUACAAAUGGAGCAGAAUAAGGUAGAUGUGUGCGUGAAAGGAAGCGCGAUGUUUCUUUUGCUACUCAAGAGAGCGCGAGAGACUCCAUCUGCGUGCAAGUGUGUGCGUAAUGGGCACGGAGCAAAACAAAAGCAAACGCAUCGAACCGCGGGGUAAAACUGAACAGCCGUGUGACUGUGUUAGUUAGUUCAACUUGAACCACGCGAGCGAGUAGACGUGUACCGAUUUGUGUUCUAUCGAUUUUCGUUCCCAACGCACUUAAAGUGGUGCUGCUUGGGAGUCACUUUUGUUGACAGCCGUGUGUUCAAAGCAGCAACCAAGAAGUGCGCACUUUCCGGGCAGAAUAGUUUCGAAAAGCGGAUGUUUACGGCAGCGGUGCGGCGUUAUUGGCGCUGAGACGCGUUUGCUUUCGACAAAUGGCGGAAAAAGAAACAGUAGCGCGACGAUACGACGAUUGAUCGGGAACCAACCAACACGGCCAUUGAAUAUGCAAAGAGCGGUGCUAUAAAACGUUGUUGUCAUUGUCUAGUAUUUUGACAGCAAGAGAAAUCCGAUAGAAUUCAACAGGCAAAAAGUGGAGGCUGUGCGAUUAGAUCGCACGCAGGAAAAAAAACCACUUGCUAAUGCUCUUUGGACGAAACGAGUUCGAAGCCCCACCGUGAAAUUAGUUGAUUUUCGUUGGUGUGCGAAAAUGUCACGAUUGGGAAAGAUCCUUCGACACGUUGCGAUGUCUAUCGCGGUAGUGGUGGUAGUAGUGUGAUUAGAAAGCAAAGGCAGAAAAAAAGCUGUAUGCGAAUUCUGACAGCUGCGAACGAAUAUUAUUUUGACAGCGUGGGUUGUUUGUUUACCCGUACCCGUUCGGAACGGGAAAUAAAAGUGCAUUCAUUUAAUUCGUUUCGCGUCACAAAUCGACACAGUCCGGGUGGCUGCUGUGGCAAUCGAUUGCCUCGGCUGCAUUUGCGCACUAUUUCCCACUUGUGAUUGGUAUCGGAUGCGGAUUGCUUGAUAGAAUCUUGCGGGUGCAAACCAAAACAUUAGUAAAAAGGAUAUGCCAUUGUUCAUCGGCAUACGUUUUGUCCUGACGAGCUGUGGUAAAGAUUAGAAGACAAGCCAUCGGAAGGUGAUACAAGCAGUGUGUUUUAAUACAGUGCUCUAAGUGUUGUUCGUUUAGAUGAAAGUACCAGCAAAAGGUUCUUUUUGCUUUGUUUGUGACCUGUAAACGAAUUUACUAUAAAGUGUUUUGCGUGUUCGCUUUGAAGUGUACCAUUCGUCCGUGGGUAGAUUGUGCUAAAAUUAUUAACGUGCGAGAAAAUCAGUGCUUAUUUACUCACAUUUCGUGGCACUAGCGACACAGCAAGGUCAAUGUUAUUACACACCCAUCACAAAGGGCCCCGAAUCGAUUGAUCUGAAAGGUGUUUAUGCGUGAUACAGUUCGAGCCGUACGUGAAAAGUUAGCAAAGAAAGUAAAGUGGAGCGUUGCGAAAACCAAACAAAAAAAAAGAACGAAUUUAAAACGUUGUUUUGAAGUGGCAAACGUCACCAGUGAGAAAAACAGGAGCAUAAAAAAAUACAUACGCACGCAUUCUUCAACAUAUUCCUUUGAUUUAAACCCGGCAACAACGGGAGAGGCGUUUCAACACAAAACCUCUGCCGCCCCAUUCUCCACAUCCGCAUCUUCAGCAAAGCAACCACAGACAUGGCGCCGAAAUCGAGAAAAAAGAAGGCAAACGCUCGCAUAUUAACGUGCUACUGCGAAGGGCACUGUCCAGGAAAUGUACAGAAUGGGACGUGCGAAACCCGACCCGGUGGUUCCUGCUUCGCAUCGGUUGAGGCAGUGAUGGAUGAUGAAACGAAACAGCUCGUACCGGAGUGGAGCCAUGGCUGUAUGUCACCGGAACAGGGUGGAGGAUUGUUACAGUGCAAAGUUGGUACAGUGUCUCCGCAACUUCAUGGCAAAAGUAUCGUAUGCUGCGACAACGAGGAUCUAUGCAAUCAGGACCUUAAACCGUACUACAGUCUGCGUACGACGACCACGACCGAACCGCCCCUAGUGAACACGAACAGUAUACCACUGUUUGCGCUCAUCAUUUCGAUUGUCCUGUGUUUAGCCGGGUUAAUUCUGCUGAUUGGUGGCAUCUACUGCGUUUACCGAAGGCGCGAAAAGCGAAAACCGGCCUACCUGAUGAACUCACUGUACAACACCACCAACGGCCAUCUGCCGAUAGCGGAUCUGGUAGAGCAAACGAGUGGCAGCGGAUCCGGGUUGCCCCUGCUGGUACAGCGCACCAUCGCGAAACAGAUCCAGAUGGUUCAUUCGGUCGGCAAGGGACGGUACGGUGAGGUGUGGCUAGCCAAGUGGCGCGACGAGAAGGUGGCGGUAAAGAUUUUCUUCACCACCGAGGAAGCGUCCUGGUUCCGGGAGACCGAAAUCUACCAGACCGUACUAAUGCGCAACGAAAACAUUCUCGGGUUCAUCGCGGCCGACAUCAAAGGGACGGGCUCGUGGACGCAGAUGCUGCUAAUAACGGACUAUCACGAGCUGGGCUCACUGCAUGACUACCUCCAGAAGCGUGUCCUCAAUCCGCACAUGCUGAAAACGCUUGCCCUCUCGCUAGCGUCCGGUGUGGCCCAUCUGCACACGGAAAUCUUCGGCACACCGGGCAAACCAUCGAUCGCACACCGUGACAUCAAAAGCAAAAACAUACUGGUGAAGCGUAACGGCCAGUGUGCAAUUGCGGACUUUGGCCUGGCAGUAAAAUACACGAGCGAGUCGGACGAGAUACAGAUUGCGCCGAAUUCGCGCGUCGGCACACGCCGGUACAUGGCACCGGAGGUGCUGAGCGAAACGCUCGAUCUGAAGGUGUUCGAAGGGUUCAAAAUGGCGGACAUGUACUCGGUUGGGCUUGUGUUCUGGGAGAUGGCACGGCGCUGCAUAACGACCGUGCGGGGUGCGAAGAACACGACCACGUGCGAGGAUUACGCACUACCGUACCAGGAUGUGGUACCGUCCGAUCCGAGCUUCGAGGAUAUGUAUGCGGUCGUGUGCGUGAAGGGUGUCCGGCCGCCCAUCCCGCAACGGUGGCAGGACGAGGACAUUCUCGUAGUAUUAUCGAAGAUUAUGCAGGAAUGUUGGCACCCGAGCCCGGCCGUACGGUUAACGGCGCUGCGGGUAAAGAAAACGCUCGUCAAGCUUGAGACGGACUGUACGAUUAAGAUAGUGUAAGGGAGAUCGCAAACCGGAGGAAAGCGAGAGAUAAAGAGAGGUAGAAAGAGAGAGAGUAGAGGUUAGGAUGCGUUUCCUUUUUAAGAGCCUUAUUUAUUCGUCGCCAUGCCGUUGUGAAGCCGCGUAAACCGUGGAGAGUGAUGAGUGCAAUGCUAGUUUUGUAAAUAUGUCCAUACGCCCUUUUUCCCCACACAUUUUGUUCAUUAAUAUCCUGUCCCCCGUUGCCUUGUAGUUUGGUUGUCCUCUUCCAUUUCACUUUUGCGUUGGCCGUAUCCGGUACGAAAGAGAACAAAGGGAUACGUGCACGUCGCUCUCCCAAAUCAAUCCUCUGCCACAGGAUAACACGGUUCACGCGUCGGCGAACUCUCUGUGUUUUUGUAUUUGCCAUAAUUUAAACAGUAAGGUGUAUAAGAUUUAAGCAACAGAAAUAGUUUAGUGACUAGUAGCUACAGGGACAUUUGUUUCGUUUGCUUCCAUGAGACGCUUUAAAUUAGCUUUCGUUUUAAUUUUCUUUACUAGAAAAUGACACAACGAGCAAGCAAGCAAGCAAGCUAGUUUGGCAGGUGUAUCUACCUGUCAUGCUUGUGUGUGUGUGUGUGUGUGUUUGUCCCUUCAUGUGAAGGAAUGAACGAAAAACAGUCCACCAAACGGGAUUCUCAAACGUUUGUAGAUCAAGUUGAUUUUUAGAAGGCACAUACAAUAAGGUAAAGACAUACGUGUUUGCGCGUGAGCAAUUGUUAAUACAAGGCACAACAUUCAUUAACGCCCCUUUGUUUCCCACUGCAGUCCAUUCAGUUAUGUUUAUUCCCUCCCAGCAACUUUCUUUUCCCAACCGUUGAGAAACGGGGGCUUUUAGUUUGUUAAGCAUGUGAGAGUUUCCACAAUUGUACAUAGCUUAAGUGCGAUGCAAUCCUAAGGUGAACAAAUUUUACACGCGUGUAAGCCGUACACGUCUUGCGAGACUCUUCGUUUUUGAUAAGAGUCGUCCGUUUUGUUUUUAAGAAAUUAGUUAUUGUAAUGUUUAAUUGGUAGGAUCAAAACAAAGCCAUCAUAUAUUAUGUUCUCUCUGCACGUGCCCUUACUCGUACCUUAUUCGUUUUUGCUCUUGUGUUUUGAUCACGUGGCAACAAAACCACCAACCCGGUGCACGAAAUUGUAAGCAAGGAAACCAAGUAUGCGUGUGUACGUGUGUGUUUGAGUUAUGUAGAAUUUAUGAACGUGUUAGCAGAGUUUUGUUUUUGGUACAACUGUGUAAGUAGGUUCUAUUUCUUUAAACAAAAAUCAUUGUAAUGUAGUGAAAUAAACAAACAAUACAAUUCGAACAUUAA